AUCCUCCAUCUACUCUUGACAACCCAGCCCGCUUCAAGCAUCUUACCCCUUCUCUCAAGUCUCUCUUCAAUAACCAUGAAAUUCUUCACCGCCGCCGUCGCUGCCCUUGCUUUGGCCAGCUCUGCCUCCGCCGCUUUCUCGUCCUGCGGUUCGUCAUCAGAUGAAUUCCAUCUCACGGGCGUCACGUACACACCUAGCCCCCCUAAGGUCAACCAGGACGUCUGCAUCACUGUCAAGGGUACCUUGGCCACUCCUGUCGCGCAGGGCGCGACCAUUCGCGUCACUGCCACCUUCUUGGGUAUCCAAGUCUACGAUCAGACUGCUGACUUGUGCGCCGGUCUUGCUAACAGCACUACUCCUUGCCCCAUUGCCACGACUGUCAACUCCGUGACCAACUGCAUUACCGUCCCAUCGAACGUCCCCACUGGCAUCUCGCUUACCCUCAAGGCCGUCGCCAAGAACGCCGACGCCAACCAGCUCUUCUGCAUCUCUGGUCCCUUGUCCUUCGUCGCCUAGAUUAUGGCCUCUUGAGGAACAGGGAGAGGAGGACAGGGAUCCUACGUGCUGACGGAGGGAAAAAAAGAUAGUUCUUCAGCAGUGGUCCCCUCUUUGAUCUCCCUUAUUGGUAGGACUCUUUGAAGGAACCACCAGAGAUAAUGAGUAUAUAUUCAAUAAAGAAAUGAAGUGGGUUUGCCGAUGAGCAGACAACACGUGCUGGACGCGACUUUUAUCCAUCG